GGGUGAAUGCGCUUGCGCAGUAAGGAGGAAACUGCUGAGGCUCAUGUCAUGGGCAUUUGGAUGACUGAGUGCGGGUGUGAGUGAGUGAGUAAAGUGAGAGAGCGUGAGCGAGAGAGGGUAUUGCGAGUUUCGGCUUGACAUUUUAGGCUAGCGACUGUCCCUGCCCGGGUAUCAUUGUCAGUGGCUCGAACGUGCAUUCAAAGGGGGGGUACGACGGGGUAUACGUAUCGAGUGGAAUGAAAGAAGCCUAAAGCGGGCUGAAUUUAGAGAACGGCCACGACAGGGGCACCGCGGCAGGAGACAGCAGCCAGACAGAAAGGGGACUGAGAGGGAGAGAGACGUGCACGUAAAGAGGAAAUCGGAGGGUCCAGUUGACAGUUGUCGGAUAGCCCUUUUAGAGUCUACAGAAGGAAAGACUGUGGACAGGAACCAACAUGGCAGAUGCAGAUUUGGACUUCACAUCAGGCGAUGCAGGGGCUUCUUCAACCUUCCCCCAGCAGUGUUCCGCCCUGCGCAAAAAUGGCUUUGUGGUGCUGAAGGGGCGACCCUGCAAAAUUGUGGAGAUGUCAACCUCCAAGACUGGCAAACAUGGCCACGCCAAGGUCCACAUGGUGGGUAUCGACAUCUUCUCUGGAAAGAAGCAUGAAGAUAUCUGUCCUUCCACGCACAACAUGGAUGUCCCAAACAUCAAGCGAAUGGACUACCAGCUGAUUGGCAUCACGGAGGGGUACCUGUCUCUGCUCCAGGACAGCGGAGAGGUGCGAGAAGACUUGAAGAUGCCAGAUGGAGACCUGGGGAAGGAGAUUGACAGCAAGUUUGAUGGUGGAGAGGAGAUUCUGAUCACAGUCCUGUCUGCCAUGAAUGAGGAGUGUGCAGUGGCCAUCAAAUCCAUGGCCAAAUAAAGAGCUGCAGGGGCUUGGCGAGAUGCACUGGACCUGGAAACAACUGAGAGAAUAAGACCUCAGCAAUGCUCUUCUCCCUUUUCUUUCUUUCUUGCCUCCUUCCUCUUCUUUCUUUCGUUCUUCGCAGCCUCUAUCUUCUAUCUUUCCCUCGCACGUUCUAUGCUCACCCUUUGUUUGGAGGAAUAGGGUUUGAUAAUUGGAAACUGAAAAAGAAAAAAAAUAUAAAAAUAUUCGCAAGAUAGUUUACCUUUAGAAUCCAAUGCCACACUGAAUGUUAGAAAACUGACAAAAACACACAAAUGUACAUCUUCAUGGAGAAAGGAGAGACCGAGAAUUGUGUGUCGGGGUGGGUUUCUCUCUUGUUCAGUCCAUCCGUGUUUAGAUGUCGUCUCGGCAGACACGGGAGAAUGCUAGGGGUAGAAGACAUGGGUACAUUUUUUGUAAAGGCAACAAAGAAUCGUGGGUGUCUACACUAUAAACACGUCAUUCUGUU